GACUUAAACAUGACAAUCUCAGCUCUCAACGAUAGCGUAAGACUCACUUCGGAGGUACAUCCACUGCACCAACACCGUCUCGGAAUGCUAGCGCAAGCCUUGUCAGAUCGUGCCGAUAGGACAAGAACGCGGCGCGAUCUGGAUCGGGCUAUCUCCAUAUACGAGAAAAUCAUCUCUCCUAGUGAUCUCCUUUCGCGAGCCGGAAAUUUAACCCAGCUCGGCUUCUUGUUGUUGUCACGUUUUGAGCUCUGUGGAGAUGCUGCUGAUCUCCAGCAAGCGAUUGAUGCUGGUGAAAAGGCAGUCGCUUCAAUCCCCGACGCGCAUGAUGACAAGCCGGGAUACUUGUCCAACUAUGGCCAUAUACUUUUGCGCCGCUUUGAACUCCUCGGAGAGCAAAGUGACAUUGAAAAGACAAUCAACACUCAUCGAGCCGCUAUUCGGCUCACGAAGGAUGAUAGUGAAGAGCUUCCCGGCCGUUUGCAGCACCUAGGCAAUGCAUAUACGCGUAGAUUCUUGCGUUUCGGGGACACCGUGGACAUCGACGCAGCAGUGACGGCAUACGAAAAUGCUAUCCAGCUCACACCGGACGACCAAAACAAAGCCACUUACUUGGGGAGCCUGGGGAUGGCACUGAAAUACCGUUUCGAUCAAUCUGGGGAGCUGAACGAAAUUCGUAGGGCGAUCUCUGUUCUCGAAGCUGCAGUCGGGGGAACGGGAGAGGAUGAUAGGAGGAUGUCGCAACGUCUUGACAAUCUCGCGAUAUCCCUUAUCAGCCGCUUCAAGCGACUUGGGGAGAGCGUAGAUAUCGACCGGGCCGUGGAAAUGCACGAAAAGGUGCUUCGAUCCACCACAGAAGACCACGCAGCAAGAUAUUCCUAUAUGAACCACCUCGGGGUGGCAUUAUUGAGCAGAUUUCAACGGUUCAGAGAGCUCACAGAUAUCGAUCGUGCCGUCUCUAUCAUUGAAGAGUCCACACGGCUAAUCCCUGAUCGUCACGUCGACCGGCACGAAUACUUCAACAGUCUCGGUACUGCUUUCUUGGGGCGUUUUGAACGCACUUCCAAGAUGCCAGACAUCGAUAGCGCUAUCACUGCCUUCAAAAUGGCUUUACAAAUGGCUCCCAAAGGUCAUACAGGGAGGUCCAAGUGCCUGAGCAACCUAGGGACCUCGUGCUUACGCCGCUUUGAAUACUUGGGGAAUAUAUCGGAUGUCGAGGAGGCGAUUUUCGCCCAUACAGAGGCAUUGUCUCUCGUACCGGAUGGUCAUUCAGACAAAGCCCUUUUCUCAAACAACCUCGGCAUCUCGUUCUUGCGUCGAUUCGAUCUUCUUGGGAACCUGAAAGACAUUGACAGAGCCAUCGAUGCGCAUCAGAAUGCCGUAAAUCACGCUCCAGACGGCCAUCCAGACAAACCCGUUCACAUGAGCAACCUACCAGAAUCAUUAUUGGCUCGUUAUGGAUAUCACGGCAGUUUGGAGGAUAUUGACAAGGCUAUUUCACUUGAAGAGGGCUCAAUCAGUAUAACUCCGGCUGAUUACGCGCAGAAGGCUGAACGUUUAGUUGGCCUGGCAAACGCACUGUCAGCUCGGUUUAAGCUGCUGGGAGAGACGGCAGACAUCAAUCGAGCAAUUGAUACGCAUACGGAGGCGAUUCGACUUACUCCAUGCGAUCAUGCGGAUCUCCAUCUCUGGCAUAACAAUCUCGCAAACGCGUAUAUGCUUCGCGCCAAAGGUCUCUCAGACUUUGAUAAUGCCGUGUCACAUCAUCAGUUGGCCUUACAACUUACCUCUCCUGGACAUAGGGACAGGGCCACACGAUUAAACAAUGCUGGAGUGGCACAUUAUCGUCGCUAUCAGCUAUCUGGUGAUCAGCAGGAUCUUUUAGAUGCCAUUACCAUGCAAUCAGAGGCCGCUCAUUCAACCUCAGACGAUGAUAUGGAUAAAUCCAUGUGGUUAAUGAACCUGGGCGCUUCCUAUGCGCGGCGUUUUCAUCAAUCUGGCAGCGUAGGGGACAUUGACCAGGCCAUCACAACACUCAAGUCUGCUGUGCGGUUGAUACCAGAGGGUCAUGCUCGGAAGCCGGGAUGUCUCCAUAGUCUAGCUGUCGCUUUGAUGGAGAGGUAUGAGCGCCUGCCAAAGGAGCCUGAGGUCAAUGAUCUCGACGUGGCAAUUUUACAUUUCCGUGAAGCCGCCCUUUCCACCAAUGGAGAACCUGAACAUCGUUUCGAUGCUGCUCUCGGGUGGGCGCGCGCGGUCAGUCAGCAUAAGCGAGACGAUGUUGCGCAAUCUUUGGAUGGAUAUGCUACAGCUCUGGACCUCAUGCCUCGUCUUGCCUGGGUCGGACAGACGAUAAAUGCACGGCACGCGCGGCUGGCGUCCUUUGGGAAGAUCGCUAAUGAAGCUGCAGCCGUAGCAAUCAAUGCUAAUAGAGUUGAACUCGCGUUAGAGUGGUUAGAGCAAGCACGCGCUAUCGUCUGGGGACAGCUUAUGCAUCUUCGCACCCCGAUGGACGACUUACGCACGAUGGCGCCCGAGCUCGCGAAAGAUCUCGAGCGCAUCUCUAAAGCGUUGGACGAGGCCGGCACGAGGAGUCUGUCCGAUGGAGGACGGAAAAAAGUGCCCUGCACAAUAGAGCAGGCUACACAGCAACAUCACCGGUGGGCGGAAGAAUGGGAGAGGCUGGUAUCCGAAGCAAGACAGCUCCCAGGAUUGGAGGGAUUCUUACGCCCAAAGUCAUCCGCAGACAUCUUGGGCGCGUUGCGCUGCGGACCAAUUGUCAUUCUCAACGUCCAUGUACUCCGCUGCGAUGCGCUGAUCGUCAACGGAGGAUCAAAUGACAUCACUCUUGUUCCUCUUUCUCUGCGCCAGCAUGGAAUAUAUCGUUUGCAGUCAGCGCUUGAGCGCUUCCUGACCAAUUCUGGGAUCCGCAAGAGAGACGAUCGUGGUGCACAAAUGGUCUCGACUGAUUACAAGACCGUGGAUAGCAUAUUAUCUGAGCUGUGGGCAUCUAUCGUACAGCCAGUUUUGCAAAAACUGGGAUAUUCGGUGAGCGAUCCUCCGCGCCUGUGGUGGUGCCCUACAGGUCCAUUAGCAUUUCUUCCUCUUCAUGCUGCCGGAAAAUACACGACAAACGAUCCUGGCUUCAAAACAUCAGACUAUGUGGCCUCUUCAUACACUCCUACCUUGGCUGCUCUCAAGCUUGAAGACAAGGCGCCUGCUGCAAAAGGCGAUUUCCGUGGUCUCCUUACCAUCAGCCAGUCUGCUACGCUGCCAAAUGCCUCGGUAGAGGUAGACAAAGUCCGACAGCUGGCUAGCAGCGUGAAUAUUUCCUCCUAUGCGCUGGAUGAUGCGGAAGGGACAGCAGACGCCGUUCUCGAAAAUCUGAAACAAUACAGCUGGGUUCAUCUCGCCUGCCACGGAGUGCAGAAUAAGAGCGAGCCGACGAAAAGCUCGUUCAUACUGCAUGGAGGGUCUUUGAAGCUCUCACAGAUCAUUUCUCAGUCCUAUGACUCCGCUGAUUUUGCAUUCCUCUCCGCAUGCCAGACUGCCACGGGAGCCGAAGAUAUACCAGAGGAAGCCGCCCAUCUUGCCGCAGGCAUGUUGGCUGCUGGAUAUAGGAGCGUCAUAGCUACGAUGUGGUCGAUCCUGGAUCGCGAUGCGCCUCUAGUGGCGGAGGAGGUGUACCGCCGGCUGCUGUCCAGGCCAGAUCCCGACAGCAGCGAAGCUGCUCUUGCUCUGCAUCAUGGCAUCAAACGAUUGCGUGAAAACUAUACGAAGUCAGAUGGCAAAUCAUUUUCAUGGGUCCCUUUUAUACAUGUCGGUAUUUGA